UGACUCCGCCAAUCAGCGCGCGCCCUGCUGAGCUCACGAACUGGCUGGCUACAUCGCCUCAGCUGCGCGAGCUGAUAUAAAGUAACAAAGAACUGAACGUGCUCUCGAGGACUGUGAGCAUAUGGAUGAUUACCGGGGAAGGGUCCGCCAGUUUCGGUUGGGAGAGACAUUUCCUGGACGUUUGAUAGUGUCGCCAAGUCCACGUCCCCGCGGUGAGAGGCUCAUACCUGUCUGACCCCUAACCCCUGACCCUAACCUGGGUGGAGAUGAGGUUGUCAUAGCAGCUAGCAGGACUGUCUGGCAUGAGACGGAGACUACAUCCUACGUUGGCUCGGCUCACUUCCUGUGGCACAGGAAGUCUCUCUCCAAACCCACAUUGAUGAGGUAGCAUAGGCUGUAGAAGAGCACCACCCCACACCAACCCCCCCCCCCUCUCCCCCCCUCUCCUCCCCCAUCCCCCUCUCUUCCCCUCCCCCCCCCAGCAUGGGUCAGAAGGUCUCCGGGGGCCUGAAGCCGGUGGAGGGUCGAGGCGAGGCCUGCCCCCCCUCUUACCACCCCUCCGCUCAAUGCCACCGUCCCCCUACUCCUCUGAUUGGCCCAGACUCCUCACGCCCCGCCCGCCUCGACCUCCUAUUGGACAUGCCCCCGGCAGGGCCCGAGGUGCAGCUGCUCCACGCCUGGAACCCUGACGACCGCUCGCUCAACGUGUUCCUGAAGGAGGACGACCCCCUCACGCUGCACCGCCACCCGGUGGCCCAGAGCACCGACGCCAUCCGGGGCCGCGUGGGCUUCACCCGCGGCCUGCACGUUUGGAAGGUGACCUGGCCCGCACGCCAGCGCGGCACACACGCCGUGGUGGGCGUGGCCACGGCCGAGGCCCCGCUGCACUCGGUGGGGUACACGGCCCUGGUGGGCAGCAACAUGGAGUCGUGGGGGUGGGACUUGGGCAGGAGGAGGCUGUGCCACGACAGCAAGAACCGUCCGCUGGGCUCACUGGCGUCGUACCCACGCCCCCAGGAGGGCGAGGAGGGCUGGGCGCUUCCGGACGCGCUGCUGGUGGCGCUGGACAUGGACGAGGGCACUCUCAGCUUCCUGGCCGACGGACACUUCCUGGGCGUGGCCUUCAGUGGGCUGCGGGGCAGGAAGCUGUACCCAGUGGUGAGCGCCGUGUGGGGUCACUGCGAGAUCUCCAUGUGCUACAUCAACGGGCUGGACCCGGAGCCCCUCCCCCUGGCAGAGCUGUGCAGGAGAGCAGCGCGUCUGGCUCUGGGUAGAGACCGUCUGCACACCAUCCCCUCCCUCCCCCUGCCUCCCGCACUCAGGGACUACCUGCAGUACCAGUAACCUCCUCCUCCCCUCACCUACGCUCUCCUUUCCUCCCUCCACCCAAGGCCCUCAAAGACUACCUCCUGAACGAGGCCCUCUGGCCCCUCCCUCACUCUCUUUCCUCAUGGAUGAUUGACAGUCCCAGCGUCCCAGGCUGGGUGAGGACACUAGCUCCCCUGCUGGCUGGACUCAACUGCAACCAGAGAAGCACACUCAUACCCUGGAGGCCUUUCACCAUGGUAACCACAUCAUCUGUCACCAUGGUAACCAUACCAGCUUCCCCGGGGACCCGUCACAGCAGACAGAACCAUGGAGUGGGCUGUCUACUGGUCUAGUCCUGGUCUAGUCCUGGUCUAGUCCUGGUCUAGUCCUGGUCUAGUCCUGGUCUAGUCCUGGUCUAGUUGUACCACACAGACAGCAGCUUCCUGAUGUGGUCAGGACCCUCAUAUGAUGGGAACACUGGAGACCCACACACACACUAACGUAACACACACACACACACACACACUAACAGAACACACACACUAACAUAGUAUGCAACACACAUGCACACACACCAAUGUAGUACAUAAACACACACACAUCAACUUAGUCUGCACUCACGCACACACACUCCAACGUAGUAUGCAAACACACUCACAUCAAUCCGUAUUUUUCCUUAAAAUAGCUUGAGUCACUUUUUUGAAUCAGAAUUUGUAGUUUCUCUGUUAAUGUAAGUUUGUCCUGAGGGUGAUGAUAAGACUGAGGUAGUUUAUCAUGCUGAGCUCAGGACAUCCACCCUUCAGAGGAGGGGAUGAUGAUGACUGAGGUAGUUUAUCAUGCUGAGCUCAGGACAUCCACCCUUCAGAGGAGGGGAUGAUGAUGACUGAGGUAGUUUAUCAUGCUGAGCUCAGGACAUCCACCCUUCAGAGGAGGGGAUGAUGAUGACUGAGGUAGUUUAUCAUGCUGAGCUCAGGACAUCCACCCUUCAGAGGAGGGGAUGAUGCGGAUGAUGAUGACUGAUCACGUAAGACAGGAUGCUGCUUUUAUUAUUAUUAUUACUAUCAUUAUUAUUAAUGUUAUUAUUAUUAUUAUUAUUAUUACUAUCAUUAUUAUUAAUGUUAUUAUUAUUAUUAUUCUAGUUGUUGCUGGUGUGUCCAGCCCAGACAGACACAGAAUGUAGCGGAUCAAUAAAAACCAGAGAGUGAAGCUCCUCUGUGGCCACAAUGUGUUC